AUGACCUUAGUAACUGUCUUAGGGAUUCUUAUUGUUCGCAAGAUUACGUUGUUUUUAAGGAAAGAGGCUGUGUCUGGAUACACGUAUACACAGACAUCAACGGCGGCAUUGAGACAUCCGGUCCGUCAAUGGAGUAAUAUACCUGUCCACAUUGUAGAGGAGCAUCAUGAAGUUCUGCCAUAUUGGUUUCGAGCAGCUGAUCAUGGAAGAAUUUCAAAAGGGGUUACUCUAGUUCACAUAGACGGACACAGCGACAUGGCUUCUAAUUUCUAUUUGGAUGGAUAUCCAUUUUUUAAAUGGCCAAAGAAUCCCCAAAACAUCAACAUAAUGAUGCAACGCAACGACGGGUUUAUAACGGCGGCAGCAAUGGCGGGACUGAUCGGAAACGUUGUCUGGAUUUGGCCAAAAUGGGACCAGGUGAACCACAAUGACUCCAAGACAUCUGGGACACUCCAGUUUGGCUGGACGAUUACUAGACAGUCCAAAGUAGGUACUGACAAAGCGUUCUGUAUGUGUUUAACAGAGAGCAUACAGCAGCAAAAAUCCUGCAUGUUCACGUCUGCUGAUGAAACCGAUAUGGAGGUGCUCAUGGAAGAGGAUGCAUGCAUCAUCAAGAGGUCUAUCCAUUAUACAGAAAUGAGGGAAGACUUGGCUAGGGAAUACUUACAAUCGACCCAUGAAAGUUUUGAUAAUAUGAUACUUGACAUUGACGAAGAUUUUUUCGGUUGUGAGUAUGCGUCACAACCUCUCUAUGACCUCUCUGUUGAUUUGAACGCGUUGGAUACGUAUCUUUUUCAGUUGUUCUGUCCACUUCAUCAAACUGGAGAGGCUGUAUUGGACAGAUAUUUAGCAGAGGUUAUUGAUUUUGUAAAACGGACAAAGUGUAUAUCUGAAAACAAACCUGAGAAUUGUGACGGAAAAACUAUAAGUAACACGAAACAGUUUUUCCUGAGGAAAAGAAGCAUUUGGCGUCCUUACAUUUGUAAAACCACGAAGAAAGAGAGAAGCUCAUUUAUCGAUGGAAUAAUUGAAGAACUCUUCAAGCUAAAUUUAAAACAAUUACAUGCUGUACAGAAAGUCGGAUUUUGUCUUUCUACAACACGAAAAACCUACCAACCGAUUAGUCCCUCCCUCUUCUCCAUUUGCAAAGGAGCUAAUUCUCCAAAUGAGACAGCUGUCACGGAGCAUAGAACUAACCCCAUAGAAGUCAGCACCCGGGGCCAGUUACUUAGCAGCAUUCUAAAUGUAUUUAAGGAAAGUCCCCCAAAGAUCAUCACCGUUUGUCGGUCUGUUCGUGAUGGAUAUACCCCCAGACAACAUUUCGUACAGAUAGAAAACAUAAUCUUAAAUUCCAUCCGCAAAAAUUAUCGAAAAGCCUUCAUCCAUUAUGACAAGGGACUGCUAGGUGGAAAGAACGGAUUCAAACAAAGUAAUUUCUGAUAUUAGAAUCACGUCUUCCAAGUCCUUGGUAUACUCUAGCACUGCUCUACGCUGUAGAUAGGAAAAUAAUGAAUGAACAAAUGUCAGAUUAUAAUGAAAGC